CUUCCACAACAGUCAUCUUUUUGUCCGACAAAAUCACCAAGCUUAACAAUCAUGGCUGACAACGCAGAGAUCAAUGAAGUUACCAAGCAGGUUCAGGAGGUUGUUCUUGAUGAAAAUGGUCAGCCUCUGUCCAAGAAUGCCCUCAAGAAGCUUGAGAAGGAGAGACAAAAGAAGGAAAGGGCUGAGAAGGAUGCCGCUGCUCGCGCGGAACAAGCUGCAGCCAAAGCUGCAGCCACUGUGGACAACUCCAAGGACUUUUAUGGAAAAAAGCCCAUGAACAGAUCUCAGGAUCGCCCGGGGUUGAAGCAUGAACGUUUCACCGAUAUUAGCGCAUCUCGCGCUGGUGAGAAGAUUUGGAUCCGUGCUCGUGUCCAGACUUCUCGUCCCACCGGCAACAAGAUGUGUUUCUUUCAGCUUCGCCAGAACAGUAACACAAUUCAGGGCUUGGUUGUCUAUAACGAGAGCACGGUUAGCAAGCAAAUGGUCAAAUUUGCACAAGGCAUUACAUCCGAGUCUAUUGUGUUGAUUGAGGGUACGAUUGCCAAGCCUGUAGAGCCGGUGAAGAGCUGCACUGUUCAGGAUGCAGAGAUUGCGAUCAGCCAGUUGUUUGUUACCAGUGAAGCUCAGGAACGUCUCCCUUUUAACUUGGAGGAUGCCUCUCGACCUGAGACUGAGUUUGAACGCGAGGACGCCCAAUUCAGCAAAGUCAGCCUACAUACUCGCCUUGAGAACCGUGUUUUUGACCUACGUACUAUCACCAAUCAAUCCAUCUUCCGCAUUCAAGCAGGUGUCUGCAGACUCUUUCGCGAGUUCUUGGAGAAGAAAGGUUUCUUAGAGAUCCACACUCCAAAGAUUUUAGGCGCUGCUAGUGAGGGUGGUGCAAAUGUAUUCAAGGUCAAAUAUUUUGAUUCUGAUGCUUUCCUGGCUCAAUCGCCUCAGUUCUACAAGCAGAUGGUUGUUUGUGGAGACUUUGAGCGUGUCUUUGAGAUUGGAAGUGUUUUCCGUGCAGAGAACUCGUUCUCUCAUCGUCACAUGACCGAGUUCAUUGGACUGGAUUUGGAAAUGGCAUUUGAGGAACAUUACCAUGAAAUCUUGGAUGUCUUUGACGAGCUCUUUGUCUACAUCUUCACUGGUUUGGAAAAUGAGUACGCUGCUGAUCUCAAGAUUGUCCAGCGCCAAUAUCCUUUCGAGAAAUUUCAAUUCUUGCCAAAGACACUUCGCCUCGAGUACAAGGAUGCUGUGGCGUUGUUGCGUGCAAAUGGUGUUGAGAUGGGUGACUAUGAUGAUCUUUCAACAGAAAUUGAACGCAAGCUCGGCGAACUCGUAAAGGAAAAGUACAAGACUGAUUUUUUCAUGUUGGACAAGUUUCCUUUGGCUGUUCGCCCCUUCUACACUAUGCCUGACCCCAAUAACCCUGAGUACUCCAACUCAUACGAUUUCUUUAUGCGUGGGGAGGAAAUUCUGUCUGGUGCUCAGCGCAUUCAUGAUGCCGACUUUUUGAUUGAGCGCGCAAAGGCUCAUGGUGUCGAUCCCGAAUCAAUUAAGAGCUAUGUUGAUGCCUUCCGUAUGGGUGCCCCACCACAUGGAGGUGGAGGCAUUGGUUUGGAGCGUGUUAUCUUCCUCUAUCUCAACCUGGGCAACAUUCGUCGCACUUCGCUCUUCCCUCGCGAUCCCAAGCGCCUCUCGCCUUAAGACAAGCAAGCAUUUUCUAUCGUUCAAAUAAAGUAAACCCUUUUACACAAAAG